AUGGUAAAAUCCAAACGAAAAUCAAGGACACCGAAAGAAUCAGAAGAUGACCAACCAGAGCCGAAAAGACAAAAGAAGGAAAAGCGCUCUUCUCGGAUUAAGUCGAAAGAGGAAGCUGUCAGUACACCCACUCCCACACCUCCAAAAUCUCCCACAGAAAAGAAAACUCCUACCUCACCUAUUCCUCCUCCAGACACAAUUGUUGUCGAAGACUCAUCUGAUGAAGACAAUUUAGCUCUGUCGAACCUUGGAAAAACGGGACGUUUUCGUUCUCCUAUCAAAAUGAAAUUUGGCUCAAAUCUUUCCCCGAAGGAAGACGACACACCGAGAGAAACAUUCUCUCAGGGGGAAAAAGAUACGAGAGAAGCACCCUUUCAGGGGGAAGGUCAGCCAAAAGAAACCUCUCCAGAAAAACCCUCUAAUCAAAAAGUGCCAAACCUUGGCCACAGUUCUCCUCAAGUCCUUCAUCCACAAGAACCCAUUUCAGCAGAGAGAAAUAUUCAAAGUUCGACACAAGAACCUGCUGCUAUGGACACGGAGGCCGGUCACUUAAGUCUUCCACAAGAACCUGGCUUGCCAGCAAAGACGAAAGAAGUGGUUGUUGGAUUGACUGAAGUUCCGUCUCUUCCACAAGAACCUACCAAUGCAGAGCAGGUAACAAAAAAUCUGACACAAGAACCUGCGUUGGCAGAUGAGACAGCCGUUGUACCAGUUGACACUCCUGCAAUUCCAAAGACAUCGACACCUGUUCCCGAAGCCACAACAAGACCACCAGUUGUUGCACCCAUUCCUCCAUCUCCAGAUCAACUGCUUCGUGAGUCCAUUGAAAAUGACUACACCCGAGUGUUGCAGUGGCAAAAAUGGCGCACAGCCCCCUUGGACACAUUCAUCGAAACUUUUGAAGCCAUGAAAGAUGAAGAACAGUUUGCUCUAGAGUGGAUUGGCACGAAGGAUCUCAAUGAAGCACUGCGUCUUGAAAAAAUAAGACGAGUAUUCUCUUACAAAAUGACGAACCGCACUCUCGGAAAGGAUAAAGCUCCGAUUUGCAUUGAGCUCAACAAACCUCCAUUGGACCCAGCGUUUGAAGAAGAAAUGAAGGUGGUUCGAUAUGCCAUAUUGAUAUCUAAAGUCAAAACCAUCCUGGAGAAAGAACAUCAAAAUGAUCCUAACUGCAAUGUCAGUGGCUUGAAAGAUGAGCAAGGCCGAGAGAUUGACACGACCGAAGAAGAAGAUGAAAAGAGUGAUGAAGAAGAUGAAGACGAAACUAACGAUGUCGAGAAUGCAGAUGAUGAGAACGAUGAUGAUGAUGAUGACAAUGAUGAUUCAGGUAAUGACGGAGAUAAUGGGGCUGACCCAACUUAUGACAGUGAAUCUCCCCUCUUGGUCGGUCCUGAUUAUUACACUGUUCCCGAAAGAUCUCCAGCUCGAAAAUCACCCAAAAGUGAUGAAACAAGGGAAGCAUCACAACAAGAUGAAGACGUUUCAACUGAUCAUCCUGAAGAUCUGUCUCGAGCUCUCGUCCCACAUGUUCAACCCAUGGACGAGACUCCGAUAAAACGAGAGGAAGCAGUUGUACGUAGGGCAAACUGGAAGCCUCACCAAUCCUUCUUAGCUCAGCUAGUGGUGGCAAAAAGGAUGCACCACUUCAAGAAGAUCAAAUGGAAACCCCACAAACCAAUAUUGAAGAUGAAUCUCCUCCGGUGUCCCCACGAAAAGUCAUGA